UCGGUUUCUUGUAUUGUGGCACAGUUAAGCUACAACUGCAGGGAUUAAAUGGAAGCACAUGAUGAUUCCACCGCGUGAUUUCUUAGUCGGCUCAUGUACACUCAACCAUUUCCUCUCCCUUUCUCUUGUCUUUCUCUUCCUUCUCCUGAUCACCGUCUUCAGCCCGCUUUCCUCCUCUGUCCUCCAUAACUUCCACCCCUCCGCUCCGUCAUGGCAUCCCCGCGUCUGGAGACGUUCUGCUGCCCGAACAGAGACGCAGCGACGGAGUUCGUGGUCACCUUCCAGCCGGUCCUGUUCGCUGCUUUGGGGUUGGGAAGCGCGACUCUCAGCCUCCUGUUCGCUGUUCUCCAAAUUCUGCCCAAACGCAAAGGAUACAGGAGACUGGGCCAGUACCCGCUGCCACGGCCCGCGUCCUCCUCACGGAUAUUGUUCAUCAUCAGUAUAUGUGACAUCCUGGGAUGCACAGGUAUCAUUGUAAGGUCCUCUGUCUGGCUGGGCCUGCCGAACAUCAUUGACAGCAUCUCAGUGGCCAACAGCACUGAUGUCUGGCCUGAGGCCUUCUGUGUUGGCAGUGCAAUGUGGAUACAGUUGUUUUUCAGCGCUUCUUUUUGGUGGACCUUUUGUUAUGCUGUUGACGUCUUCCUAGUUGUGAAAACAUCUGCAGGAAUCAGCACCAUUAUCCUCUACCACAUGAUUACAUGGGGUCUGGCUGUGCUGUUGUGUGUUGAAGGAGUGGCCAUGCUCUACUACCCAUCCAUCUCUGACUGUGAACAAGGCCUCCAGCACGCUAUCCCACACUAUGUCACCACAUACGCCCCAAUGCUGCUCGUCCUUGUAGCCAAUCCUGUCUUCUUCAAUCGGACCAUAUCUGCAGUGACAUCUUUGCUAAAAGGACGACAAGGAAUCUACACAGAAAAUGAAAGACGGCUGGCCAAUGAGAUAAAAAUACGCUUCUUUAAAAUAAUGCUGGUGUUCUGUAUUUGCUGGAUUCCCAACAUCAUCAAUGAGAGCCUCCUCUUCUACCUGGAGAUGCAGACAGACAUCAAUGAAAACAGUUUCAGGAAUAUCAGAAACGCAGCCCUCAUCACAUGGUUUAUCAUGGGUAUCCUGAACCCCAUGCAAGCUUUCCUCAACACUCUGGCCUUUCAUGGCUGGACAGGCUUUGACGUUGACUUCAGAUUGCAGCGGAGGAGGGAGCUGGCCUGGGACUCCAUUUCUACUUCAGUGCCAAACACAGCAGGCAAUAAUCCCCUGGUGGGAACUACUCUGCUCUACCAGAGUCAUGUCCAGGAAUCCAAGAAGAACAUGAGCAACGGGCAGCACCACUCCGACGCCAUCAGCGUCCUCUCAGAAGGUUCAGAGUCUAGUACAGUUGAAAUCCACAUUUCCAGCGAUCUACGAGACUAUGAGGAUUUAGACGCUGAUGGAGAAUCCUUGGAGAACUCUGUGAGGCACUAGCUGGGGGUGAUCAGCAACCUGCAUCUCUCUGCUUUCCUGUGGGACAUUUUUCUUUUGCUCAUCUACUUUGUUUUAGAAUGUGCCCUCUUAGCCGCUAUUAUCCCAUUGAAAUUUCCCCCAGAUAUUAGCUGGUCAUGAGAUUUCAUUAGUUGGUACAACAAAGUAAGUCUAAUUCUUUAUGCUAAGCCUUUUAUUCCUUCCUAAACUUAUUAAAUCUGUCUGCAGUGAAGUGUAUCAUUACAGACCCAUUAACUGUACAGCAGCUGAACAGUCCCAACGCUACUUCACUGUCUCUUGUAGCAGUCAGUCAACAGAACAAACAUUACCUUUUUUGCAUUAUUAACUCACAGGCUGACCUUUAAAAAUGCCUAAUGUGCUUGAGAGAAAAUGUCUCCUGGCAAAUUUUCAGAAUUAUUGUGCGGUUGUUAUGUGAUGUGCACUCUUGUCAUUAAGCUCUCAAAGCCCAACAGAAUGUUAUAAGCUAAUUAGAUUCUUUUUUUUAAACAAAGUUACUUUAUUCCCGGUUGUCUACUUUGUAUUUUUGCACAACAUC